AUGCGCUGUGUCCCUCGGACACAGCGGAUCACCGAUCACGGAAAGAGCCGAAGAUGUCGGCUCGGUCAUGUGAUCAGCUGUGUCCAAUCACAGCUGAUCACAUGGGACAUGUACACAGAUCAUCAGAGCACUGAUGAUCAGUGUGCCCUGAUGAUCAGUGCAGCCCCAGCAGUGCCAGCUGUCAGUGUCCAUCAGUGCCACAUCAAUGCCACAUAUCAGUGCCCAUCUGAGCUGCCUUUCAGUGUCAUCCAUCAGUGCCAGUCAGUGCCACCUAUCAAUGCCAAUCAGUGCCACCUAUCAGUGCUGCCAAUCAGUGCCACCUAUUAGUGCGCAUCAGUGCCGCCUAUCAGUGCCAUGUAUCAGUGCUGCCUUUCAGUGCCCAUCAGUGA